CCUCUCUCGUUUCAGAUGGGGAGCGUGCGGGGAGGAGCUCUGAUCUGUCUGCUCCUCGUCGCUGAGGGGCUGAGGGAGUCGCGAUGCGGGCCGAGAUACUCGUUCGACGCGGGGACGAAGACGUCCGAAUUGUUCAAGACGAGGGGGGAGAGGUUGAGGGCGGCGCAGGACGAGCCGAUCAUGGCCACCCCGAGCCCGCCGCGCCACGAGACCAGGGCCGAUUUCUCGUUUCGGGACGGGCGGAGGGCGGGCCACUCGGCGACGAGGGACGAGGAGGACGAGUCGUCGAGGGAUGGAUUCGAGACGUCCACCUUCAAUCCGGACGUGCUGAACAAGUUUUUGGAGGAGUACGCGAGCAAGAUCAAGGGUAGCACCGAGAAGUACCAGAGGUAUCCGUUCAGGAUCGUCAAACCUUCCGAGCCGCUCGCCCUCGAGGUGGACGAGCAGACCACCGUUCGAUCGUCGAUCAUCGACCACGAUGAUCAAAAUACCAAGUACGAAGAGGAGCCGAUCAAUUCCACGUCCACCGAGGAUGGAUUGGGCGCGGUUCUAAACGACACGAUAAAGAGGAACAAGUAUUACGGGGCGAACACGUACGACGAUAGAAACGGUUGGGUCACGUUGGAGGCGAUACCGUGGUCGAAGAGCAAGAUUUCUAAAUGGCAAGCGACUCCGAGCACGCAACGGCCGUGGCCGGAAGUGAAGCCGUGGGAUAAACCGAGCAAACCUUGGACCUCCGAUUAUUCCAUCAGGCCCAUCUACGAGAACAACAAACCAUGGUACGAGAAGCCGAAGCCGAGCUGGCCGGAAAACAGUCAGAACGACAAACCGUGGCAAAAGCCCGCCAAUCGACCUUACUACACGGAGAAACCCGAGGAGACCCAGGCUCAGAAGUGGCCACCGGAGAGGCCCUCUUGGAACAAAUACACGGAGCGUCCCACCGUCAACACCGAUAUAAUUACCGACAAUCGGCCCGCCAAUUUCCCCAGCAAUUGGAACAGGCCGCAACCGACGAAACCGAGCUAUCAAUACUUGGACAGAUAUCCGGAUAAAUAUCAGGGGGAAGAGGGGAACGAUUGGCACAAUUUUCCAACGAGACUCGAGGAUCGUCCUCCACCGAGGCCGACCACCGACAGACCGACGGCCUUCUCCCAUUAUCAAUACGUGAACAAUCAUCCGCAGAGUUAUCCCGGGAACGGGGACGGCCAAUGGGUGCUGCUCUCGACGAACAGAGGCUAUUCCAAGUCCAGGCAGAGGUCGAUAAAGAUAGACUCGAUGGGCCAAGUGGGAAACGUUACGAGGGGCGUGGGCAAAAAGGAGGAAGAAGCUGAUCCGGCAGUGGCCGUGAUGACGUCGAAGAGACAGGUUAGGUUGACGGUGUUACCGUCGAUCAACGGCACGAAUACGACCACUUCGCACGGGGGCCUUCUGGAAGUGGAAAAAACGUUCAAAAGCGUGGACCAGAGUCAAAAGGAGUACGAGAUGGAAAGGCAGCCGUUGCUAUCGACCAUUCUGAAAAAGAGACCUAUCAGGAACACAUUGGGAAAUAAGGCGUCCAGCUCUGCCGUUCUGGCUGCUGUCAGUGCCGGAAUACUACCGGCAACAAUGGCAAUGAUGAUACCGAUGAUUCUUGGUCGUCGAAAGAGGGAUCUAAUUUCCGGAUCGGAUUUCCUCGAUCAUGAUGAAACUAUGAUUGAAAAACUAUUCCCGGAAAACAAAGUACUCGAUAAUUCGUAGAAACGGAAAUUACGAAAGGAAAAAUUUAGAAAAAAAAAAAAAAAAUAAGGCACAAGUUUUGAAAUAUAAAAACGAAAUUAGCAAGUUUAAGAAGCUGAUGGUGUACAGGACAAAUCUGUAUAGUUUUAAGUAUCUAUUCUCUUAUUUACAUAUAUAUCGAUCGAUACAUACGGAUUCGUUUCGUUUGACAACGAAUUUAAUUGUUAUUAACUCUUUCGUCGAAAAACAAAUGUGUUCUGCAGAUAGGAAAAAUAGAUUUUUAUUACAAGUUUCUUUAUAUAUAUUUAUAUAUACAUGUCAGGAUAAUACGUAGACAUUUAUCUUAUUUAUUAUUUAUUUAUUUAUUUUUAUAUAUAUAUAUAUAUGUGUGUGUAUUUAUAUUUUACAAUUUUCGAUGCUCGUCUGAAUACUCAAUAAAAGGCAUAAAUACCGAUACGAAUGAUACGAUCGAAGAACAAAAGAAUCGCUUGAAAAAAUAAAGGAAUAGAAUUUUUCGCUGCUGAGUUUUUCAAAACCUUUCUCUUUUCCCAUCUUUCCAACUCGAAAUUUUCUGGUUUUCGAAAAAAACGAUCGUAGAAUGCAUCUUUUCAGCACUCCGUGCGAGAAAUUCUAUUUAUUAUUAAAGCUUCUUAUUCCUGUCCAAUUUCUUCGUCCAAUCCCGAUGAUUUAACUUCGAACAAAUAGCUUGCAUAUGUUAAAAUUCUAAACUCUAUAAAAAUUACGUAAGAAUAUUUAUAAGUUUAAAGAAAAAAAAAAAAA